AAUGACGGAUGGGAGAGGAGUGCUUGCUUCGUGUUGGAACCGAUGGCAUGCAAUGGCUUGAACUGCGUUGUACAAGACAGCCCAUCUUUAUUCUUCUGGUGGUCGGUCUCUCCCGGCCGAAGCCCUCGGUUCUUGUUCAUACCUCAUCACGUUCCAGUCCUUUAUCCUCCCUUAAUCCACGCCAUCACCGUACACCGCUCGUCGGAGGAGCACCAUGGCCUCCCCAGAGACAGCACCAUGCCCCAAAAGAUGGGAUUACGGGCGAGAGGACGCCAACCGCCUGACGCUCGUCUUGAAGCUCUUCUGUUAUUUCGACCCGGCGAAGGCGGAUGAGUACGGCAGGACCUUUACCGUGUGGAUUACGCGGUAUCUGCCCACAAAGCCGGCAAUAUGGACUGCCACAACGCCCGAGCACCAGACCAAGGCCACGCCAAUUCCCGAGAAAAACGGGAUGGCAUUUGGUCCGCUAAUGGUCUGCUUUACCACGACCUCGGGCGGCAGAGAAGUGCUGGAGACGGAGCACGGCUGCUUCCAGUACUUUGAAGUGCUGUGGAAGGCUCUUUGCAAGGCCCUGCUUUCCACUGCGAGGGCCGUGGAAGUCGCUCGGCGACCCGCGCGUUAUUUCUUGGGUUCUGCAGCCGGAUUGGGGCCGUUCGGAGAAGCUGACGUGUUCCAUGCUUCCCCUCAGCUGUCGAGAAGCAAAAGAUCAAGGACCACCGGCUCACGAGGUCAAUGCGGUCCUUGCCGAGGACACUCUCCGAGACCAAGGACUAUGAGACGACCGAGAUUAGCACAGAUGUUGUCAAAGCCAUCAAAGAACUGGGCGGAUCCCUCACAGCCAUCAUCAAGAUUCUCGAGCAACGUACUCAAAGCACUCCGAAGACCAGGUGGGCCAUCAUCCGCGCCAUCAACAGGAUGUUCGGAUGUAGUUGCGACGCCUCAACAAACGGAAACCCCCGUGUGCAGUUUUUGCAGGAGGAUGCACGCAUAGAACUGAAGCACUUCACGGGAUUGACGCCGCUCUUGGUGGCGCAUUUUCGUUUGCGCAAUGACUCCCGCCGUCAGGAACUCAAGCACGCGGUCGACGGAGCAGCUGAUGGCUCCGAAAAGACCACUCUG